UCCGUGCGCCCCUGCUGUUGGAUGUGAGCUGCUGUUGUGUGUGUUUUCUCAUGGAGGUUUUUCAGGAACUAACAGGAAAGCAGGAGAAACUCUGAAACUUUAAACGCUCGAGCGGUGCGUGCGUGCGUGCGGCUGACGCGCGGCCCCUGCGCCGCGUUAACUCGCAGUGGAUCCGGGAGUGUGUUUUGUGAGGAUUCCGUGAUUCCGCGAUGGCCGGAGCGAGUGUGUGGUAUCACCGGGAUCUGAGUCGCGCCGCGGCGGAGGAGUUGCUCGCGCGAGCCGGGCGCGAUGGGAGUUUCCUGGUGCGGGACAGCGAGAGCGUCAACGGCGCGUACGCGUUAUGCGUGCUGUUUCAGAAACACGUUCACACAUACAGGAUCCUGCCUGACGAGGAGAACUUUCUGGCGGUGCAGACGUCUCAGGGCGUUCAGCCGAAGCGGUUUAAGACUCUUCCUGAGUUGGUUCAGUUGUAUCUUCAGCCCAGUCAAGGUCUGGUGACCACACUACAGUUCCCAGUGGAGAGAGAGGAGACCACAGAGGAGAGAGAUUACUCUGAUGGUGAAGAUGAGAAGCCCCCCCUCCCCCCUCGCACCGCCUCCACCGGCUCCGCCCCCGUCAGUCAGGACACGCCCCCUGAGAAUGUGACGGCGUCGAACGGCUUGAGCACGAUCUCUCACGAGUAUCUGAAGGGAAGUUACGCUCUGGAUCUGGAGGCGGUGAAACAGGGAGCGAAUAACCUUCCCCACCUCAACAAAACACUGGUGUCGUCCUGCAAACGCCUGCAUGGGGAGGUGGAUAAGGUUCUCUGUGGCCUGGAGAUUCUGUCCAAGGUCUUCGAUCAGCAAAGCGCCUCCAUGGUGUCCAGAAUGAUCCAGCAGUCCAUGUCUCAGGGUGGAGAUCAAGAGCUGGAGCAUCUGGUCACCAAACUGGCCAUCCUCAAGGAUCUGCUGUCAUCUAUAGAGAAGAAGGCUCUGAAGGCGCUUCAGGACAUGAGCUCAUCCGCUCUGACCGUGUCUCCGCUGAUGUCCAUCCGACACAAAGCCAUUCCUGUGCAAACCUUCGAGGUGAAACUGGACGUGUAUCUGGCUGACCUGACGAAGAUCGGGAAGAGUCAGAAGUACUCGCUGAGUGUGGAUGUGGAGGGAGGAAAGCUGGUGGUGAUGAAGAAAAUGAAGGACGCGCAGGAGGACUGGAACACGUUCACACACGACAAGAUUCGGCAGCUGAUUAAGUCUCAGCGUGUUCAAAAUAAACUGGGAAUCGUCUUUGAGAAGGAAAAAGACAAAAGCCAAAGGAAAGAUUUCAUCUUUGCCAGCGCAAAAAAAAGGGAAGCGUUCUGCCAACUCCUGCAACUCAUGAAGAACAAACAUUCCAAUCAGGACGAGCCCGAUAUGAUCUCCGUCUUCAUCGGGACAUGGAACAUGGGCGGCGUUCCUGCUCCUAAAUCGAUGGGAUCGUGGAUUUCCUCCCGAGGCUUGGGGAAAACUCUGGAUGAGAUGGCGGUUACGAUCCCUCAUGACAUCUAUGUGUUCGGUACGCAGGAGAACUCUGUGUGUGAUAAGGAAUGGGUGGAAACGAUCCGCGGCGCCCUCAAGGAAUACACAGAGAUGGACUAUAAACCGGUUGCAGUGCAGACGCUGUGGAACAUUAAGAUCGCGGUGUUGGUGAAGGCGGAGCAUGAGAACCGCAUCAGUCACGUGGGAAUGUCCAGCGUCAAAACGGGGAUCGCAAACACACUCGGAAACAAAGGAGCAGUGGGCGUGUCCUUCAUGUUUAAUGGAACAUCGUUCGGCUUCGUUAACUGUCACCUGACGUCCGGCAAUGAGAAAAUCCACAGACGCAACCAGAACUAUCUGGAUAUCCUGCGUCAGCUGUCGCUGGGCGAUAAACAGCUGAACUCCUUCGACAUCUCGCUGAGAUUCACGCAUCUGUUCUGGUUCGGCGACCUCAACUACCGCCUGGACAUGGACAUCCAGGAAAUCCUCAACUUCAUCAACAGGAAGGAGUUCGAGCCGUUGCUGAAGGUGGACCAGCUGAAUCUGGAGAGAGAGAAGAACAAGGUCUUCCUUCGCUUCGCGGAGGAGGAGAUCACCUACCCCCCCACGUACCGUUACGAGCGCGGCUCGCGGGACACGUACGUCUGGCAGAAGCAGAAAGCCACCGGGAUGCGGACCAACGUUCCCUCGUGGUGCGACAGAAUCCUCUGGAAAUCAUAUCCUGAGACGCACAUCGUCUGCAACUCGUACGGCUGUACAGAUGAUAUCGUCACCAGUGAUCACUCUCCUGUGUUCGGCACGUUCGAGGUUGGCGUGACGUCUCAGUUCGUCUCUAAGAAAGGUCUGCCCAAGUCUUCAGAACAAGCGUACAUCGAGUUCGAGAACAUCGAGGCCAUCGUGAAGACCGCCAGCAGAACCAAGUUCUUCAUCGAGUUUUACUCCACGUGUCUGGAGGAGUUUAAGAAGAGCUAUGAGAAUGACACUCAGAGCAGUGAUAACGUGAACUUCCUGCGCGUGGGCUGGUCGUCCAAACAGCUGACGACACUGAAGCCCAUCUUAUCCGACAUCGAGUACCUGCAGGACCAGCACCUGCUGCUCACCGUCAAGUCUCUGGAUGGAUACGAGUCGUACGGGGAGUGUGUGUUGGCGCUGAAGUCGAUGAUUGGCAGCACGGCGCAGCAGUUUCACACGUAUCUCUCUCACCGCGGCGAGGAAACGGGAAACAUCCGCGGAUCCAUGAGAGUCAGAGUCCCGUCAGAGAGGAUGGGGACCAGAGAGAGACUCUACGAGUGGAUCAGUGUUGAUAAGGACGAGACUGGCGGAUCGAGAGGCAGAACUCUUCCUCCCAGAGCCACACACGAUUACGUCAAACCGUCCACCAGCAGGAAGUUGGGGUCAGCUGACCUCGGGAAGGUUUCAGAGGAGGGAGACAAGAGCAUCACAGGGAGACACACACACACACACUCCUCUAAAGAGGACAGCGCACAGAACAGACUGAAACAGGACCCGUUUGAUAGCGACGCCACAACCUGCAAGAACAGCUUCAAUAACCCCGCCUACUACAUUCUCGAGGGCGUUCCCAACCAAUCAGCAGUCCUGGCCUCCGACCUGCUCCCAGGCUCCGCCCUCCCUCCGCUAGCCAAUAAAACAGCAGCUCCUGUGGGGAAGAACAAGCCUCCCAGUGGGAGUUCGGCUCCGGGCCGCUGGCACCCGGUUCGGCCAAUCAGCGAAGAGGGAUCUUCGGAAGACGACGGGAACGUCGGGACUCACGUCACGUCACUCAAUCGCCCUCCGCCAGAUUUCCCUCCUCCUCCGCUUCCCAAAGAAAUCCCUGAAAACUCAUUCGGAAAACCGCGAAUGUUUCCGGACCUCGCCGACGUCAAGAUCCCCUCCAAACCGCUGUCGUCUCCCUCUGGAGGAGGAGGCGUGGCCUUCUGUCUGGAGGCUCCGCCCAUGUUGAACCCAAGCUCCGCCCCUUUCCGGCGAGGAGGCGGAGCUUCCGCACUGGAUGACCAGUCGUGUUCCGUUCUGCAAAUGGCGAAGACGCUGAGCGAAGUGGAGUAUCCGUCCGGGAGAGAAAGGGGCGGAGUCGGGAAAGGGGCGGCGUCUUCUCACAUGAGAGGCUUGACCUUCCCACCGCGAUCCAUACAGGAGGAGAGCAUCGCUGAAGACCUGCCGGAGGAGGGCCUGUGGCAUGACGAGAGCAGCAGUGUGUCAGUAGAGGACAGUGUUGGCGAGUGGCUCCAGAAGCUCGGGCUCCAGCAUUAUGAGGAAGGGCUUCUGCACAACGGCUGGGACGAUCUGGAGUUCCUCAGUGACAUCACAGAGGAGGAUCUGGAGGAGGCGGGCAUUCGUGACCCCGCCCAUAAGAAGAUCCUAUUGGCCAGUCUAAAACAACAACAGCAGCAGCAGAAGUGAGCCAAUCACAAUCCAGGCCGGACUGAACUUUGCACUGUUAGAAUUUUACCUGGUU